GGUAACCUUUUGUGUGAAUAUGUCAAAGGUAUUAUCAAASAGGGUUCAUGCUAUAGGAAGUGCAUCCCAUWGCAGAAAAGGGUAGCUGUUGUCGUYUACACAUUAAAAUCUACGGCGGAGUAUGAAACUGUUGCACGACUGUUCGGUGUUUCGAAGGCAAUCGUCAGCGAAAUAUUUCUUGCUUUUUGCCACGAAGUGUGGCAAUCAUUGCGUCCCAUUUAUUUGACAGAACAAUUGAGGUACAGUGAAAAAGUGGAUGAGUGUGUUCAUGAGUUUGAGAAGCUUGGCUUUCCGCAAUGUCUUGGUGCCAUAGACGGUUGCCACAUUAAAGUUCGGCCACCUGGGAAGGAUUGCACGGAUUAUUACAAUUAUAAGGGGUGGUACUCCACAGUUUUAUUUGCCCUUAUAUCGCUUCCUCUACAUUAA